AUGCCUGGCGACGAGGGUGCUCUAGUCCUCGAAGUCCCUGGCCACGGUCAGGGUGCCGCUCUGGGUGUCAUAGGAUGCUCCGCACAGGGAUUUGAGACGGGCGAUCGGAAACAACCGGGAAUCCUGGGUCAAACUAGGUCUAUAUCAGCUGAAAAUGUAGAAGAAGUGGCUCUCUGCGAAGUGGAGAAGAUUCACCAAAGUUUCCUUGAGCAGCAGCUACAAAAGAGAAUUCCUGCAAAGGACGAGACCUUUGUUGUGAAUCUCUUCGUCCACAUGUAUGGGAAGCACGGCAGCGUGGAGGGCGCCCGUGCCGCCUUCGAUUCGAUCGUGCUCAAGGACGCCUUCUCGUGGAACCUGCUACUGGGGGCGUAUGCCCGCAACGGGCAUUUUGAUCUGGCCAUUGCCGUGUUUGAUGCAAUGCCUGACUGGGAUCUGGCGCAGUGGAACACGAUACUGGCGGCAGCCAUACAAGUAGGAAACCUUGCUUUUGCCUCUUAUUUCUUUGAUCGCUUCCCGAAAAAAAAUGUGAUCUCCUGGACGACGAUGCUUGCGGCGUAUGCCCGGUCGGGGCAUGUUGACCAAGCUCGCGAGAUCUUCAAUCGAAUGCCGGGUCACAACCUCGUCUCAUGGAACUCCAUGCUCUCGGCUUACGGAAACUCGAGAUCUGCUUCUUCACAGCUAAGUGUAGAUCGCCGGUGGAUCAACGAAGCAAAGGCGCUGUUUGAUUGGAUGCCUGCCAAGGAUAUGGUGUCAUGGACCUCGAUGAUCAACGCAUUUGCGAGUGGCGGCGAUCUCAAAUCAGCCAUGGAGCUCUAUCGCUUGAUGCCGGCAUAUGAUCUUGUGUCGUGGACUGCAAUGCUCUCAUGGGCUGCUCUUGCCGGCCACAUCGAAUUUGCGAGAGAUCUUUUUUAUUUUGAGAUGGCUGCCUGGAAUCUUGUUUCCUGGAAUGCGAUGGUGUCUGCCUAUGCUUCAUCUUCGUCACUGGAACGUGAUUUGGCGGGGGAGGCAAAGGAGCUAUUCGAUUCCAUGCCAGAGAGAGACAUAGUUUCCUGGGGGGCGAUACUUGAUGUAUAUAUACGCCACGAAAAUUUGUGCAAAGCUCGAGAGCUUUUCGAUUCUAUGCCUAGGAGAGAUUCUAUGGCGUGGACUUCAAUGCUUUCAGCAUAUGCCACCAUUGGGCAUCUGCAGGAGUCUAAGAUUGUCUUUGAUCUUUUGCGUGAGAACCGAGAUUCCGCUACGUUCAAUGCAAUGCUGGAAGCGUACUCAAAUAACGGGCGUGUUAGAGAGGCCGAAGAACUAUUCUAUUGUGGGUUUUCUCGUACACACGUUUCUUGGAACACCAUGCUUGCAGCAUAUGCCCAAAAUGGGCAUGUGUUUUCAGCCAUGAAAACUUUUGUGACGAUGCCACAGCGAGAUGCAAGCUCUUGGGCAUCAGUUCUUUCGAUGCAUGCUCGUAACGGCUAUCAUGAAAGAGCCCAAAACCUAUACGAGACAAUGCAGCAGGAGGGACUUACUCCUGCCGAACCGAGCUUUGUUUCUGUGCUGAUUGCUUGCAGCCAUGCCGGGAAUGUAGAGGCUGGCUGCUACUACUUCUGCUCCAUAAUUCUGGAUUACGGAUUUAUCCCCACGAACCAGCAGUAUGGAUGCAUGAUCGAUCUCCUGGGACGCUCGGGCUACAUUGGAGGGGCUCGAGAUCUUGUCACCAACAUGCCUUUCGUUCCGGGUGUGGAAGUCUGGGCCUCUCUCAUGAACUCGUUUCGAAGCCAGCGUGAAGACCACGAAGCUCGCGUUUCCUCCCUUGCGAUCGAAUCACACCCCGGGGAGUCUUCACCGUAUUCCCUGCUCGCAAACGCGCUCUCGAUCACAUAG